AUGACCUUCUUAUAUUGCAAGUGGUUGAUAGCCGCCAAUAUCGUCACUCGACGUAGGAGGAUAUCAGACUCAGAGGAAGAGGCAGCUCCGCAGCAAGCGACAGAAGCGACUCGUGAGGCUAUGGUGUCGACUCGAGGAAAAGAAACUGCUGAAUCCUCGAGAAAAGGAAAGGAAUCGGCCCACUCAACCGACAGUGAAGAAGAGUUUGAUAGUGAAGAAACUGAAACUUCUGAGGGGACGGGUGAGGCUGAUUCAAGUUCUGAGGAAGCAGCUGGCCUCCCCGAUUCCUUCUUUGAGAGGGGACUUGUGCGCCCAUCUGUUGCACCUGCCCAACCACAGGAUGCUCCAAAAAAAAGAAAAGAGAGAGUAGUCAUGACUCAUCCCAACCGGAUGACGGUAGAGGUCCUCAGCGGAGACGAAGAGGAUGAAGAGGAUACGGUGCCUCUUGCUCGUAGGCAAAGAUCUCAAUCUUCCACUCAGGCUCAAACUCAGAUUCCUCCCGGAACUGAAUUACGCACCAAACGUCGUCACGAAGGUUCUGAAGCACGUCCACCGAAGAGACAAAAGAAAGCUGUCUCUAAGCCACGCGUUCAUCUUCCUGCUCUAAAGGAACUGUCUGGUCGUAGUGCUUCUUCUGAUGAACAAGGGAGUCGAGAAGAAGGAGAAUUGCCAGCUGAUGCUGCUUCUCCCGGAGGUAUGGAGACUGAGGAGACCAGCUUCGUCCAAUAA